GGACCCGGCACGCCGUUGCUUCUUGGUCCCCCCCCUCGUGCUUGGUUGCCGUGGGCAACGCCACCUCUCUCCCCCUCCCGUUCCCCCCCCCGAAGUUUUUGCUUGCAGGCACGAUGUCGUGGGACCCCGUGAACACGCUCUGUGAACAGCUGGUGAAGGCGGUGACGGCGAUGAUGGACCCGGCCUCCACGCAGCGCUACCGUCUGGAGGCCCUCAAGUUUUGUGAAGAAUUUAAAGAGAAAAGUCCAGUUUGUGUUCCUUGUGGAUUGAAAUUAGCAGAAAAAUCCCAGACUGCUAUUGUCAGGCAUUUUGGUCUUCAGAUCUUGGAGCAUGUGGUGAAAUUCCGAUGGAAUGCCAUGAGUCGACUUGAGAAAGUCUUUCUGAAGAACAGUGCCAUGGCACUAAUAUCCAAUGGUACCCAGAAUAUUUUAGAAGAAGAAAGUCACAUUAAGGAUGUUCUCUCUCGCAUUGUGGUAGAGAUGAUCAAACGUGAAUGGCCACAGCACUGGCCUGAUAUGCUGAAGGAACUGGACACGCUGUCUGAAGAAGGGGAAACUCAGACAGAGUUAGUAAUGUUCAUACUUCUGCGUCUGGCAGAGGACGUGGUUACUUUCCAGACAUUACCAGCUCAACGACGACGGGAUAUCCAGCAAACUCUUUCCCAAAAUAUGGAUAAAAUUUUUAGUUUCCUUCUAAAUACACUACAGCAAAAUGUUAAUAAAUACAGAUGUGCGAAAAUUGAUGCAGCUCAAGAAUCAAAAGCACAAGCAAAUUGUCGAGUAGGAAUUGCAGCACUCAAUACUCUGGCUGGUUAUAUAGACUGGGUGGCUAUGAAUCAUAUCACAGCAGAUAACUGCAAGCUACUGGAAAUGCUCUGCUUGCUUUUGAAUGAGCCAGAGCUUCAAAUAGGAGCAGCAGAAUGCCUCUUGAUUGUAGUCAGCAGAAAGGGAAAACUGGACGACCGCAAGCCCUUAAUGGUUUUGUUUGGGGAUGUUGCCAUGCACUAUAUUCUCUCUGCUGCCCAAACUGCAGAUGGUGAAGGUUUGGUAGAAAAGCAGUAUGUUUUCUUGAAGAGACUUUGCCAAGUAUUAUGUUCUUUGGGCAGCCAACUGUGUGCAUUAGUGGGCCCUGAUUCUGAUGUAGAAAUACCUGUCAACUUGGGCAAAUACCUUGAGUCAUUCCUAGCUUUCACCACCCAUCCCAGUCAGUUCUUACGUUCUUCUACCCAGAUCACGUGGGGUGCUCUUUUUCGGCACGAAGUCCUAUCGCGUGAUCCUGUGUUGUUGGCUAUUAUCCCAAAUUAUCUGCGGGCAUGCAUGACUAAUCUAGUGAAGAUGGGGUUUCCUUCCAAGACAGACUGUCCUAGUUGUGAAUAUUCUCGUUUUGAUUUUGACAGUGAUGAAGACUUCAAUUGCUUCUUCAAUUCUUUCCGUGCACAACAGGGAGACGUGAUAAGGAUGGCGUGUCGGCUAGAUCCUCACACUGGCUUCCAGAUGGCUGGGGAAUGGCUGAAAUACCAAUUGUCCCUUCCUCUUGAUACUGGAACUGCGAAUUCUAAAACAAAUAAAAGACCCUACUCCAUUUUUUCUCCUUCCUGCAUUGGGGUGCAUUGGGAUGCUAUGACCUUUUUCUUAGAAAGCAUCGUUAGCCCGAUGUUCCGAACCCUGGAUAAAGAAAAAAUCCCAGUUUCUCAAGGCAUAGAACUAUUGCAACUUGUCCUUGGCUUUGAAACAAAAGACCCCCUGAUUCUGUCCUGCAUCCUUUCUAAUGUCUCAGCGCUCUUCCCAUUUGUUACGUAUAGACCAGAAUACCUGCCAGAAGUUAUUGUCAAGCUGUUUGCCUCUGUCACCUUUGAAGUUGUAGAAGAAAGCAAGGCACCAAGAACCCGUGCAGUAAAGAAUGUGAGAAGACAUGCUUGCUCCUCCAUCAUCAAGAUCUGUCGGGAUUACCCUCAACUUGUUCUGCCUAACUUUGACAUGCUGUAUAACCAUGUGAAGCAGCUGCUAUCAAAUGAGCUGCUCCUGACUCAGAUGGAGAAGUGUGCUCUCAUGGAAGCCUUGGUCCUAAUUAGCAACCAAUUUAAGGAUUAUCAGCGGCAAAAAACUUUAUUGGAAGAGCUCAUGGCUCCUGUUGCUACACUUUGGUUAUCUGAUGAGAUGAAAAGAAUUCUUAUGAAUCCUGAAGUUUUUAUCCGGUAUGUUGGUGCUGAUAGUAGGAUUGUAGAUCCCAACGUGGAAGAUCCCUGUGGUUUGAAUCGUUCCAGAAUAAGCUUUUGUGUAUACACAAUUCUGGGAGUUAUAAAACGAUCUCGUUGGCCCACUUCCUUAGAAGAGGCAAAAGCUGGAGGAUUUGUGGUGGGAUAUACGCCUAAUGGCAAUCCAAUCUACCGUAACCCCUGCUCAGUGCAGAUCCUGAAACUUUUUGACAACUUGCUUGCUCUGAUCAGGACCCACAACAAUUUGUAUAUGCCAGAGUUGGUGGCUAAAUUGGGAGAUAACUAUGCAAAGACCUUAGACAUGAUGGAAGUGGAGAAGAAUAACAUCCUUGGUCUCCCCCAGCCUUUGCUGGAAUUUUAUGACACUCCUGUUUACAAAACAGCCUUGGAAAGGAUGCAGGGGUUCUUCUGUACACUCUAUGACAAUUGUUUCCACAUUCUGGGUAGUGCUGGCUCAUCCAUGCAGCAAGAUUUCUAUGUUGUUGAGGGUCUAGCAGUCGAGCUCCUCAACUCAGCCUUCAUCAAUCUGGACAAUAUUCCUGACUACAGACUCCGCCCUUUGCUUCGUGUUUUUGUGAAACCUUUGGUUAUCUCCUGCCCACCUGAAUACUACGAAUCUUUAAUCUGCCCUAUACUUGGACCUCUGUUCACCUACCUACAUAUGAGGCUGUCUCAGAAAUGGCAAGUUAUCAAUCAGCGGAGUUUGGUUUGUGAUGAAGAUACAGUAGAUGACAAUCCAGAAUCUCAAGAGAUGUUGGAAGAGCAGCUGGUUAGAAUGCUCACCCGAGAAGUUAUGGAUCUAAUCGCUGUUUGCUGUGUGUCAAAAAAAGGUGCUGAGCAGAAUAAUGCAGUUACUGCAGAUGGUGAUGAUGAGGAAAUGAUGUCCACAGAGGUGACUCCAUCAACCAGCUCUGAGCUCACUGAAUUGGGCAAAUGCUUAAUGAAACAAGAGAAUGUCUGUACUGCUCUGCUAAUUACAGCCUUCACAUCCCUUUCCUGGAAGGAUACCUUGUCCUGUCAAAGAACUACCACCCAACUCUGCUGGCCGUUGCUCAAACAGGUUCUCACAAAGAAUAUGAUGAUCCCUGAAGCAGUGAUCUGGUUUUUCACAAGUGUACUGAAAGGGUUACAGGUUCAUGGGCAACACAAUGGCUGUAUGGCAGCACUUGUCCACUUGGCUUUCCAGAUCUACGAAGCUUUGCGUCCACGCUAUGCUGAGUUGAAAACAGUGAUGGAACAAGUCCCAGAAAUCCAGAAUGAUUCCCUGGAGCAGUUUGAUUCCAAACUACUCAACGUAACGCUUCAGAAGGUGGCUGAUAAACGGCGGAAGGACCAUUUCAAACGCCUAAUUGCAGGCUGCAUAGGGAAGCCCCUGGGAGAACAAUUCAGGAAAGAAGUCCACAUCAGAAAUCUUCCAUCUCUUUUCAAGAAGAUGAAAGCACCCCUAGGACAAGACGUUUUUGAAAACAGUGAAGAGGAAAUUCUCAUUGCCCUCUUUGAGCCAUAAGCUGAAGACACUUCCACUUUUUCCUCCUUUAUACUGUGUUUCACAGUAGCCAUAUUUCCUUUGUUUACUCCUUUCCUGAGCCCUGAUACAGUUCCCACUGGCCUCAUUCUCCUUUUGGGAGGGGGAGAGAUUUUCUAGCUCCACUUGCAGCUUUACUGUAUAACUUUAUCGUUUUACUGUUGGAUGGUGGUUGCUCAGGCAUUCCGGUCCAAGUGUCAUUUGGCCAGUUCUUUUACAAACAACCCUUCAUAUAUACCUAUAGUAUUUGACCGAGGAAGGGAGAAAGUUCUGCAGCCUCUCAUUCUCUCUGCUCCUUCUCCUUCAGGACACCUGUACUGUUGCUGCCUCAACAUGACACUAAUAGGAGACUCCUGCUUCCCUGUUGGAAAGACACAGCUUGGAUGAAGAAAUGCAGUUGUGCAUAUUGAGUGUUGAUGAAUCACUAAGUUAUACUACUCAAAAGUUUUAUUAUUUUUAUUACUUUUGAGAAGUAGCAUUGGCCAUAUGUUCCAGCAAACCAAGUACCAUUGAGAAACUGGAGUGAAAACAUUUUUUAAAAAAAAUUCAACCAAGCCUCAGGAAGCCUCAGAUUAAACAUCCUCUUCUUUGCCCUACAAAUAUUGUUGAAAUAGGUAUUCUAGCUGCAAUCAGUCCUCAACUGUCAAAAGUCAGAUUUUUCUAAACAAAAAGAAUUCAGAACUAUUUUAUACUGGUUUAAAAUAACUUAUGCUGAAACGCUGCCCCUGAAUGUAGAAUGCAGUACAGUUCAGGAUAAUUUGGUUCAGUGUCUGAUGGUACAGAAUGCCUCCAAGCCAGGUCUUAAGUGUUUGUCCGAGAGAGCGAUAGAAUGUGAGCAUAAAUUUGCCAGAUUUUAAUUUUCAGUCUGAAGAAUUAGUAUCAAAUAGAGGGGCUUUCCUUAGUGGCUGCUGUAAUAGCUUGACUACAGGUAGAACCGAAUGGUGUUUUUCAAUUAAGCGGCUUAGUAGUAUACACAUCUGGUUACAUGACAGAAAACAGGUCUUAAUAUUGAUAUUUGGAUCCUCACUAAUAGCCAGACUCCAGUCUGAUUUGUUUAUAAUCCUGAUCUCAGCGUAACAUUUAUUUAAACCAAAUUUUGUUAAAUAGCUUUGGAAUCCUGCCUAACUGUAUUUAUUGUGUCUUAAUUACAUUUCAAUUUACUGUGCCCGUAAAAGACGCAUUUAAAACAAGUGAGGGGUUUUGUUUUUGUUUUUUUUGUAGAGAUGUUGUAUCUGAAGAUGUCUCCAAAUCAAUGUCAGUAAAAGUCUCAUUUUAUACAAA